GGCCACUGCCCCUGUUCAAGGGGCCCAGUAACCAUGCCUACCUCCCUAGGCUCAUCUUUGGCACCCUGUACCCAGCCUAUUCUUCCUACAAGGCCGUGAAGACAAAAAACGUAAAGGAAUAUGUGAAAUGGAUGAUGUACUGGAUCGUCUUUGCCUUCUUCACCACAGCAGAGACACUCACGGAUAUCGUGCUCUCCUGGUUCCCCUUCUACUUUGAGCUCAAGAUUGCCUUCGUGAUAUGGCUGCUGUCCCCUUACACCAAGGGCUCCAGCGUGCUCUACCGCAAGUUCGUGCACCCAACACUGUCCAACAAGGAGAAGGAGAUUGACGAGUACAUCACGCAGGCCCGAGACAAAAGCUAUGAGACCAUGAUGAGGGUGGGCAAAAGGGGCCUGAACCUGGCCGCCAAUGCUGCGGUCACAGCUGCUGCCAAGGGCCAGGGGGUGCUGUCAGAGAAGCUCCGAAGCUUCAGCAUGCAGGACCUGACCCUGAUCCGGGAUGAGGAUGCACUGCCCCUGCAGGGGCCUGAUGGCCGCCUCCGACCCGGCCCUGGCAGCCUCCUGGACACCAUCGAGGACUUAGGAGAUGACCCUGCCCUGAGUUUAAGGUCUAGCAUGAACCAGGCUGACCCCCGGACAGAGACCUCUGAGGAUGACACAGGGGACAAGGCCCCCAAGAGAGUCAAAUCCAUCAAAAAAGUGCCCAAAGCUGAGCCACUGGCUUCCAAGACGCUGAAGACCCGGCCCAAGAAGAAGGCCUCUGGUGGGGGCGACUCAGCUUGAGGUCCCCCACCCCCCUGCAGGCUACAGAGCAAGCAGAAAGCCUCAGCCCCACCCCCAGCCCCUGCUCUACAGCUGUGCCAGUGGCCCAGAUGUCUCAGGCCCAGGGGCACCUUCAGAUGGCUAUUUCUGGUGCCUGCCCCAGUGGCUGCUUCUCUGGAAAGGGCUUGGGAAAUAGGAGGGAGGCCCUGCUGUGAGGGUUGAGGGUAGAGGCUGAACCAGGGGCUGAGGACCGAGCGCCCAAGGAGGUGGGGGCUCCUGGGAGCCUGCACCAUUAUUCUUCCGCCCACCCAGUGCCUUGCUGAAGACCAUGGCCAUCCCCUUCUCUGAGAUCCUAGCAUGUCCCCACUAUUCUCCCCAGGGAGGGGGCACAGCCCACAUGAACUAUCUGAGAGAGAGGGAGUGAGUAGGGAAGGCCUUGGGCAACCUGGGCAGGGGCCUCCAGGCUUCAGCCAUCUGGGGUGGAGAUUGGUGUGUGCAUAAAUGACAGAAUGGCCAAGCUGGAGCUGCAGCAGGGGGGUUCUUUCCUGGCUAUGUACCUACCACAUGUCCCCACUAAGAAAAAGAAGUGGGGUUUCCAGGGGUGUGUGUGGGAGUGUGUGUGCACGCAUGCUCACAUGAGUGCAUCUUUCUGGAUCUAGCGCUGGGAGAAGCUUGGGUAAAGGACCUUCCCCCUCCCCCCUUCUCCCUUCCCAGCCCCACAACCAGCUGGCCCUUUCCCCUUCCCAUCCCUCCUGCCUAAUGGCUGAGCCUUGGUGAACUCCAGCCCAUGAGAAAAUGGGCUCCAAGGGGCCUCACACCUCGUCCUCUGUCCUGCAUUGCCCCUGGACUGGGCUCCUCAACCCCUCAGGCAACUGUAGGGGCCCCUGCUGAGCUGGCAACUUGCCUCUUCACCUGGAGGCCCAUCCUCCUCCCUCCCCUCAGGCAUUCUUCUUGUGCCAAGCUGACUGGGCCCUCUGUGAGCAGACCCUGCCAGAGCCCAGCUUCACCUCACAUCCUGCCCCAGCUUCUGCCUUGGUUUCAGUCAGGGUCAGGAGUAACAUGUGGACAAGAAAAGCUUCAGGAGCCAAGGUACUCCCAAUUCUGUGGAAAGAGGGUGAACAUUGUACCUUUGACACUGGAUGAACCAAUAAACCAAACUCUGGCACUUCAUGUUUUGGGGCCUCUGUGCUUUGUUCUUGCCCCGUCCAGUCCACAGGUGAGAGAUAAGGCCCAGCCAGGGCAGGGGGGUUGGGAGAAGAGAAGUCAGACUGGUGAACCCCAGGAUCUCUGAUUUUCAGUUGGUUCCAUCUGGAAAAACAUAUUUGGGGUUCAGUAUUUUUCUUUUUUAUAGAGCCAGGGGCCUAGGAGGGACCGAGGACUUAAGAAAGGUCAAGGGGAAAAAAAAAAAAAAAAGGGCCAAGGGUUGUCUUAGUCUUCGGAAUCCAGCCCUGAGGCCCCCUCCCCCAAUGGGCUUUCUGGUACCACACCAAAAGUGCCAGGUGUAGGCUCUGGGGACAAAAACUCUGAGGAGGCCCCCAGGGAAUAAAGAAUGAGAUUUAGGGCUUCUGGGCAGGGCCUGGGGGUUGGGUGGCCACAGUGCCUAGAAAGGCCAAGAAAUGAUGGGAGGGUAUAUGUGUGUGUAAACCAGAGCUGAGAGGAAGAAACAGGUGGGAAGAGGGAGGAGGCAGGUAUCAGAAACUAAGACAGGGGCUGUGGAAGAACUAGCUCCUGAAUCAAAAAAGGGGGCCAGCAAGGAGGACCGGAAACCAAGGGCUGGGUCCAAAGAGGCGAGCCUUGGUGUGGUACCAGGACAGGGAGGGGGUGAGCUCUGAACUGUUGGCCUAGAGGGAGGAUAGAAGAAAGAGGGAGGCAGCCAGGUAUGGGGCCUGAGCCCUCCCUCCAGAGAUAGAGCCAUAGUCACCAGGGGGCAAGAAACAAAAUUGGCUGAGAAUGAGAUUCUGGGAGGCCAGAACCCAGGAGAAGGGGAAGGACUGGAGGAAGACAAAGGAAAAGAAUGGAGAGGGAGGGAGGGAGAGCUGAGCAGAGAAAUAUCAACUCAGCCUUGUGGAGGGAAAAUGGAGGAAGCAGAACAUGAGGGGAUGUGAGUGGGGACUUGGACCCAGGCUCUGGAACCCAGGCUGGCCCCUGUCUUGGCAUCAGAGGGGCGUGUCCUCCCACCACACUUGAGCUAAGCUAGCCUCUUGAAAUGAGGUCAUGGUGGGGGCAGGAUGUGAGCUACCCCUCUCAUCUUCCCUGGAAUCCUCUAGAGGUCAUUCCUUUCACCAUUGGCCUCUGAGCAAUGUGACCCACUUCUCUAUCAGAAAAGAGGGGAAGGUGCCAGGACAGAAUUCAGGGGAGAGGUUCUGUUGUUCUAGAAAAAUCCCCAGAGAGUAAGAUGCUGCAGUCCCCUGCUAGCAGCUACCACAUGGCCAGGAAACCAGGCUAGGACCUCUGUAACCUAAAUCCCAUUUGCUGCAUACCUCGCGCACAUACUCAAAGGCUCACACUCAGAUACAUAUGCUUGCACCCACAGUGACUGGUGGCUAAGGAGGUCACUGCCAGAUCCCACAGUUCUCCAUGCACAUCUGGGUUUCACCAUGUCCACAGGAACAUGCUUAGAUUUCCACGCUCAUUGGUUUGUUGCCAUGGAAACAUCCAGGCUUCUAGAGCUCUAGGCAUAGAGCCUAAGCCCCUGUGGUACAGAGGAGGAGAGGGGAGAUAAAGGGUACCAAAAAAGAAUGGGUAGAAAGGCUCCUGGGAAGAGGCUGAUGGGACAUCUCUGGGUCUAGGCGACGUCUUGCUGUCUCCUCAUCCCCUGGGACAACCUGUCCUCUGCCCUCUGCCUCAGUAGAUUUUUCCAGACCAAUGAAGUGGGAAAGAGAUGUCAGGACAGAAGUGUAAGGUCAGAGCUCUGUGGAGGGUGCAGUCAGUGUGGGCUUGAUCACUGGCUGGGUCGCUGGGGAGUGUUGAGAGGUAAUGGCUUUGGAGUAGAGGCUGGAACUGAGGUCUAACCCUGUGUCCCAUGCCCAGGCCUCCUUAGGGAUAUUGGACAGCCCUCUAAGAAUAAGGCCCCUGUCUAUGAUAGCCUUAAGCCUCAAGCUGCUUCAGCUGGCUUCCCCUCCCUCCCUCGUGGGUGCCCACACCCAGAGAACCUGCUCAAAAUGGGAUUUCCAUGCUGUGAUGUCAGAGGAAAGCCAGCAGCUCCAGCCUGUGCCAGCUCUCGCUCUGAUCAGCAGAGCUGAGCCCCGCCUUGCAUGGCCUGGAGGGAGGGGGGCGGGCAGAGGAGGAGGGGUGGCUCUGUGGGUCCCGUCUCCACGUCUGGUGCAUCCGUGAUGAUAAGAGGAGGCUGUUUCCAGGCCAGAAGCCCCUGCUGGCUUCCAGGAGCCAGAUAAAAACCCCUAAAGAGCAAAAUAUCUCCAGCACCCUCCCUAACCUCAAUCUCUUCUGUUGUAACCUCUGGUUUGGUCCCCAUUGCCUUAAAUUUCAGCCAGCACAAGAUCACUCCCUGAUCUUCUCGGUUGCCGUAGUCUUUCCUCUCUGACCUGGGUCUGGUUUGCCUGGGGGAAAGGGGCACCUUGAAUCCUCAGACCCAGACAGCUAUCUUCAUUUUGGUCCUCCCGGGUCGCAUCUCGCAGAUGUUAGCUAGAAGCAACGAUGUGUGGGAGAGACACCUGCAGGGAGGGAAAAAGCCCACUAGAUGGCGCAGCUCCCUCCCAGUGCAAGAUUCCCCCCUCCUUGGGGGAGACAUCCUUCUCCCGCAGCCAGCCUCCUGCACGGCCUUAGGCAAGCAGAGGGCCUCACACUCUACUCCCUGGAGUUGGAGGCUCAUGAAGAAAAACACCCCUGUUGGUGGACAGGACAGAACGCCUGUGGAUUCUCGAGUAAUCGCUCCCAGCUUCCUAAACCCAUCCUGCGUGUGUACGUACACCUGCUCACUUCCCACAGGAGAUGGUCAGAUCAGGAAGGCAGACACUACCUUGGGAUGAGGACCAGGAGCAGGGACAUUGCCAGGCUAAUCUGAGAGGGCCUUGCAGCCUAAGGGACCCAGCCUGGGAUUCUAAAGUGGCAUCUAGAGAGGCGGCUGGAGCUGGUUUCAGGGACAGGUGGGGAGAGGGACAGACCUGGGCAGGGCAGAGAGGGUAGGGAACACCAGAGGUGAGGGAAGUUCACGCAGCUGCAGUUUCCCUGGAUAUGACCUCCAUAAGGGCCACAGUGGCAGUCACAGGCCUGGCCCAGGUUUCUCUGCCCCUUCCCUUAUUUCCAUUUGGGGUACUGUGGGGUUGAAAGAGGAGACAAAGACCCUAGUCCCCAAGCCCUAGCAUCCCAGGGCAUUUUUGCAGGGGCCAAGGGUGGGGCUCCUCACUGGUCUACCUUUCCCUGACCUCCUUCCUAAAUUGACCCCACCAGCCUUGCAUCCCCUAUGAAUAACCCUCUCCUUUUGUCACAGCCAGAUGAAUGAUUAAUAAAUAAUGCUGCCUGAAAUAUUGAUGGUGAGUUUUACACCAGCAUCGCUUAGCUGUGCCUGUCAAUGGGGAGCUUGAAGUCUGACAGGGCAAUGCACGCCCCUGUCCCUUGCCCCUAGACAGCUCUUUCCUGUCUCCCCUAACAGCAGGUCAUUCUUUGUCAAAAACCUCAUCUAGAAACAUGAUUCAGCCCCAUCAGCUGAGAAUAAAUGAACCAGUGAUGGUCUCAGCCAGGUGAGCAGAUGGGGCAGCUUCCCAGGGAAGGAUGGGGUAAGCUAAACCAAGCAGAGACCCUUCCUGUUACCUUUGUUUCCCAUAAUGUGGUCGAGGUAUCGUUUCCUCUCCUCCAUCAGCAUCUUGAACCUGCCGGUUCCAGUUUUCUAAGUGGCGGACUCAGAAAGAGGCAAAGGCCUCAGCCCCCAUCCCCUGCACCUCAACUAUUUGGAGCCUGAGCUUCUGGGACUCCUAGACUUCUGAAGACCAGAUGACUUUCAUCUGGUUUUGUUCUCCUGGAAGAAGGGAUGGAGAGAGAAGGAAGGGGAGGUGGAGAGUAGGAGGAACCAGUGGAAGCUCUUGAGUCCUCUUGAGCCCAGCUCACCGAGCAUCAGCUCCCUCCUUUGCAAAAGCCAGGCCCACUCAAACCUUUGCAUGCACAGUUCCUUCUACCUGAAGCACUCCUGUUCUCAGCUUCACUUAGUCAGCUCCUGUGUGUGCUUCAGCUCUCAGCUCAGAUGUGACUCCCCUGCCACACUCCCAAACUGUCAGGUGCCCCUCCAAGCCCUGUUGCACCCUUCCCCUCCCCCACCACACAUCACCCUGUUUGCCCAUUGCCUAUUUCCUGGCUGUUUCCCCACCAGACUGAAAGCCAGGAGUGGGUGAGGGGUUAGGCAAUGGGUCGGCCUGGUUCACCGCUGUUUCCCCUGCAUUUAGCACAGGGCCUGGCACACGAUAAGCACUCAGCACAUCUUUGUGGAACGUUUGAAUGAAGUUCCCGCAGCAUUCUUCCCCUCCUGGAAAAACACCACCCUUCAUAUCUCAGUGUCUCUCUGCUGAGCAGUUUGCCCACUCCUGAGGAGGGGUGUCUGAUCUAUACAGGAGCUGCCCAGGUCAGCUACCCUUGCUCUGGCUCCCCCAGCAUGUGCCGUGCUUGCUCUCUCCUUUUCUCUCUCUAACCCUCACACAGAUGGGAGUCAGCUUUCCAGCCACAUUCAGUUCUCACUUUAAUUCAAAAGCUAAAUUGGGAGGAAGAGCAGUUUCACACUCCCGAUUUAGCCUGGGAGAAAAAAAGUGAGACAGCCUGAAUGUUGUCAGAGAAAGGAGAAAGUUGGGUCCAGGCUGGGGGGUACCCAGAGCCCAAGAGAAGGCAGUGGAACCCCAUUACUCAGCUCCUAAAAAUAAACCAGCCCAGAACUAUCACCCCAGAAACCAGAAGACAAAACAAAACCCAUUGCCUUCGAGUCGAUUCUCACUCAUAGAGACCCUAAAGGACAGAGUAGAACUGCCCCAUAGGGUUUCCAUGUAGUACCUGGUGGAUUCAAACUGCCGACCUUUUGGUUAGCAGCUGUAGCCCUUAACCACUGUGCAACCAGGGUUGCCUAUCAACCCAGGGUGACCCCUAAAGCCUCUUUCCUAGACCAGUUUAGCCACUGCAGGCAUUACCCAGUCUGGGGGGUGGG